CAGCUGAUGCAAUCUGCUACGUGGUGGUACAAAUCGGAAAUGGAUCUCGAUCUUUUUACUCUGCUUUAUGAGCUUGCCUUACUAGCUGUAAUUCUCUUGAUUGUGGGGAUUGUUUUUGUGUACAUUACUACCCCUCAGCCCAACAUGAUGCGCUUUGAAAGUGAGAAGACCUUUGUUGACCCUCAGAAUAAAGGUCAAAGGUUACCAUUCCCAAGUAUUAAUGACCAACCAACUCUUGCACUUUCGGUUAUUGUACCUUCAUACUUCGAAGAAAAGCGAUUACCUAAAAUGAUGGAUGAAGCUUUAGAAUUCUUGAUUCCAAGACAGAAGCAAGAUAAAUCACAGACUUUUGAGAUCAUUAUAGUAGAUGAUGGAAGCAAAGAUGGCACAACAGAGGUUGCUUUAGAAUAUUCCAACAAGUUUGGCACAGACAUGAUCAGAGUUCUAACAUUAGAGAAGAAUAGAGGGAAGGGAGGAGCAGUCCGACUGGGCAUGCUCAGUGCUAGGGGUCGUGACCUCUUGUUUGCCGAUGCAGAUGGUGCUACAAAAUUUGCAGACCUUACUCAGUUAGAAAAGAGUAUGGUGGAGCUUAGGAAAAAGGGAGAUAAUGCUAUAGUGUGUGGAUCAAGAGCACAUCUUCAGGAUGAAGCAACAGCAUCGCGCUCUUUGUUCCGAACCAUCCUUAUGUAUGGAUUUCAUUUCUUAGUUUGGUUUCUUUGUGUUCGAGGCAUCAAAGAUACUCAGUGUGGAUUCAAGCUAUUAACAAGAGAAUCAGCUAGAAUACUCUUCCCUAAUAUGCAUGUAGAAAGAUGGGCAUUUGAUGUUGAAUUGUUAUAUAUAGCACAAUACCUUGGUAUGUCAUUAUCAGAAGUAUCAGUCAACUGGGAAGAAAUAGAAGGUACCAAGAUGAUUCCAUUUUUCAGCUGGGCCCAGAUGGGACGAGACCUGAUCCUCAUUAGACUACGCUACCUCUGUGGGUUCUGGAAGAUAGACCCAAAACCUAAAGCCGAUUAGUUCCAACCUUAGUGGUUCAAAUCUUUGUGAUGUAGUCCUUGCAUGUCGGCAUGCCCAAGGGGCCAGUUUCACUAACUCUGUCAUAAGACUUAGAUCUUUGAUAAGCCAUAGAAACAUGUGUUGUAGAAUGUUUUUGUGAGGUGCCUGUGAAUUGCAGACUUGUGAUGGACUUGAACAAUGUAGGCCAUGUUUUACAGGGUACAAGAUCUUAUGGGUUUACAAGUUAAGAUUCUCUCUGUUUACAUGUGGUUAGUAGCUUAACCAACCCUUGAGUUUGUUCUGCAGACUGCUUGUUAAUAUUCCAAAAUAAAAGAUAUUUUUGUAAAUGGAGUAUAUCAUGGUCCUCAUAAUUUUACAAAUUACAUUUUAACCAUGUUAUUUCUUCUCUUUGCCCAAAUUGAAAAUUUAAAUGACAUUUAAACCUAGAUUCAGAAUAAGAAAUGUCAUUCUAUGAUUUGCCAGGAGAUGCCAACUAUUACUUUUUUCCACAUUGUUAGUGCAGGGUUGUUUGUUGAAAGAUACCUUUGGUUUCAUGGAAAAUAUUGGGUGUUUCUGCCAAAACUUAGCCUUUUCAGCCAUCUGAAUUCUGUAUUGCAUUUUUAUCCACCUGCAGAUGAAUGAUGACACACUGUCUCAAGAAAUUAUAGUAUUUGAAAACAUGAAGAUUCAUUUCUUACCCAAAGUAGAUAGCAAGAUAAUUUUGGAAGAGGUUAGUGAAAUCCACCUGUUUGAAAAAUAUAAUGUGGUGGAGCUAAUAAACCUCAUAUCUCAAAAUUUAAAAAUGUUGAGAGCAGCUUAGAAAAGGCUGUAUUUGAUAAAUAUAGCAAUGGUUGCAGUCUCAUAUUGUCUGAAACAGUCUCCCGAUACCUGUGAGGGGUCUUCCCACGAGGCCGAGGGUCCAAAUCGUAUUUUAUUUUAUCAGGACGUUUGUCUUCAUUGUUAAUUAACAGUUGCGGGCGUGCUAUAAAGAUUUUAAGUUAAAAAUUCAUUACUGUUUAAUCACAAACCAACUCGAUUCGAUUGUAUUUAAAUAUUUUAGAUAAAUUUCUUUCAUAUAUAAAACAAUUGACAUUCAAUUCUUGAAACUAUAAUCUAUCCAGAAUUUGGCAGUUCAAAGGUCAUUUUUAUAUUAAGCUCCUGACCAUUCUUCCAAUUUGGUAUAUUUAAUUUUUUAUCAGCUUAUAUUUGUCUAUGUCUUGCUGUUGUGAUAUGGAAUAAAAUGUACAUUCCAAGAAAAAAAACAUAACCGAUAAAUAAUAACAAUAAGAAAAUGUUUAACACUAGAUUUUCAAAUUUUUACAAAGAAUAAACGGCUGAAAAUGGAUUCAACGGCCACAUUCUUGAAUGAUGGGUAACUGAGAUGAUGCUCAAGUAUAAAUCAAGUCCAGAUUUAUCAAAGCUUCACCACAUUAAUAUCUGUUAUCAUCUGCAACUUCAUCGGAGAAAAUGCUAAGCGGAAAUUUUUCCACUGAUAUAGACGAACAUCCUGAUGAAAGAAAAUACACUAUAAGAAAAAUCUGCCUCAUGGGAAAAUGAAUGAAUCCUUGGUCUUGUGGAGCCGCCUCACCUGUGAAGAACUCUUUUGAGGCAAAAGAAUGUUGCUACCCAUGUUAAGGCCACCGCACACCUUACGACCCGACCGGUCGCCGACUGGCUUGCGACUGGGUGAGGGGAGAUGAAUCGCA